AUGGCUGCUCCAGCUAAUAUGGAGGAAGGUCAGUCAUCUACCAGACCACCCCGCUUCAAUGGACAAUGCUAUGGGUGGUGGAAGAAUCGCAUGCAUGAUUACAUCAAUGCUAAAGAUACUGAGUUGUGGGACGUGAUUCUUGAUGGACCGUACAUUCCCACAAAGGAUGUGAAAUAUGGAGAGCUCACUACAAUUGUUAUCAAAACCAAAAAGGAGUACAAUGAAACAGACAAGAAGAAGAUAGAGAAAAAUUAUAAAGCAAAGAAUAUUCUAGUAUGUGGAAUCGGCAAAGCGAAUGCUAUAACUGAAGCAAAGGAUCUGAAGACGCUUGCCAUGGAUGAACUGAUUGGAAAUUUCCAAACUUAUGAGCUGAACAAGCAACAGGGAACAAACAUGAAGGAGGGAAAGAAGGAGAAAUCAGUUGCUUUGAAAACAUCUCAAAAUGAUGUGACUGAGGAGGAUGAUGAAAUGACAUAUGUCACUAGAAGGUUUCAGAAGAUUAUCAAGAAGCAUGAAGGCUUUCGACCAGUAGAGCAGCAAAUGCAAAUGAUCUUUGUCAUAAAUGUGGCAAACUUGGUCCUAGACCAUGCCAAGAGGAAAUCUCAUGCUGAUCAACUAGUGAAGAAAGCUUUGGAUGUAUGGGGAAAUGCAUCUAGAGAGUCCGAGGAAGAGACAAACAUUCCAGAAGAUGUCUUGAUGAUGGCUGUGGAAGAUGAUAAAACUGUCUAUAAUUCCAUUUUCUCACUAAUUGAAAAAUCUGAUGAUGAAGAGGAUCUGAAUGAGAAAAGAGGAAGCAGUCAGUGCUGGUACAUGGAUAGUGGAUGCUCAAGGCACAUGACUGAAGACACUCUAAACUUCUUCUUUUUGGAAGCACACCAAGGCGGUGGUGUGUCAUUUGGUAGUGGAAAGAAGGGUUCCAUUCUUGGUAUUGGCAAGAUAGGGAGAAUAGUUGAUCAUUCUAUAGACAAAUUACACUAUGUGGAUGGUCUGAAAUACAAUCUCUUGAGUGUAUCUCAAAUCUGCGACAAGGGAAAUGAAGUCAAGUUCAUGUCUAAUAGGUGUCUGGUUACAAACUUUGCAACUAAAAGAGUUGUUAUGUCUGCCAAAAGAGUCCAAAAUAUGGACAUGGUCCGUGGAUUGCCAAAGUUGAAGUUCUCAAAUGAUAAAGUAUGUGAUGCCUGUACAAAAGGGAAAGAAAUAAGAUCAUCCUUCAAAGCCAAGAAAGGUGUGAGCACAACCAGACCUCUGGAGCUUCUCCACAUGGACCUAUGUGGACCAAUUAGAAUUCAAAGCAGAGGAGGUAAGAAGUAUAUUCUUGUAGUUGUUGAUGACUUUUCCAGGUUCACCUGGAACAUGUUUCUGCGGACUAAGGAUGAGAUGGUCGGACUUCUGAUCACAUUUGACAAAGCUAUUCAACUGAAGGUCAAAUGCAAGAUUGCUAGUAUCAGAUCUGACCAUGGCACAGAGUUUGAGAACUCUAAAAUUGAAGGCUUUUAUGCUAAAAAUGGAAUCAAUCACAAUUUCUCUGCACCAAGAACUCCUCAGCAAAAUGGAGUUGUUGAAAGGAAAAACAGAACAUUGGUGGAUAUUGCAAGAACUAUGUUGAUUGACUUAGGGCAUGGAAUGAAUUUUUGGGCAGAAGCAGUCAACACAGCAUGCUAUGUUACAAAUAGGUGUGUUAUCAGGAGUGAUGAAGGGGUGUUUGUCGGGUACUCUUCUACCAGCAAGGCUUACAGGGUUUUUAACAAAAGAACUCUAUGUGUUGAAGAGAAAAUGCAUGUGAUAUUUGAUGAAUUUGAGAAAAAUGAUGAGCACAAAGAAGAGCAUGAGUUGGAGGAGCUGAUCAAGAGAAAACAGGAUAAGGCAAUUCAAAAUCUUGGAAACAAACAGGUUGCAAAAGAAAAUGGUGCAACACACACAAGAGAACCUAGUCCCUCUGGUUCAGCCCAGGAGGUAUUAUCUCAAAAUCCAGAAGAUGAUGAAGCCUUCAUAUCAUCCAUUGACCCUAACAAUAUCAAAGAGGCUUUACAGGAUUCAGAUUGGGGAUACAAUCAAGAGGAGGAGAUUGACUAUGACGAGACCUUUGCUCUUGUAGCCAGAAUGGAAGCUAUUAGAAUCCUGAUAGCCUUUGCCGCCCACGUGGAGUUUAAACUGUUUCAAAUGGAUGUCAAGAGUGCCUUCUUGAAUGGGAAUUUGAAAGAGAAGGUGUAUGUCAAGAAGCCUCCAUAUUUUGAAGAUGCAGACCUGCCAAAUCAUGUGCUAAAGUUAGAUAAAGCUUUGUAUGGUUUAAAGCAAGCUCCCAGAGCUUGGUAUGAACACUUGUCAAAAUUCCUCCUUGCAAAUGGGUUCAAAAAAGGUAAAAUUGAUAAUACAUUGUUCCUAAAAUCCAGAGGUAAGGAGUUUUUGAUUAUGCGGGUAUAUGUAGAUGAUAUCAUCUUUGGAGCUACUUCAGAUUCACUGUGCAAGAAGUUUGCUGAUGAGAAGUAUAUAAAAGAACUACUGAAAAAGUUCAAUUUGCUUGAAGCAAAAGUCCUUGAUACUCCUAUGAGCACAAGUGUGAAACUUGACCUGGAUGGAGAUGGAAUUGAAGUAAAUCAGACCAUGUAUAGGGGAAUUAUUGGGUCACUUAUGUAUCUCACUACUAGCAGACCUGACAUAGUCUUCAGUGUAGGGAUGUGUGUAAGGUUUCAAGCAGCACCAAAGGAAUCACACUUGAAGGCAGCCAAGCGAGUUCUAAGAUAUCUGAAGGUUUACUUGUUGAUCGAAAGAGCACAUUAG